AUGGUAACUCACGGAGGGAAGUUGAAGAUAUCUUUGCUCCUACUCUUUCUCUCUCUGUUCUCCACCGUUGAAUCAUCGUCCUGCGGUGGUCGAUCAUCAUCGGCCGUACGACUCCGAUGGGCGCGCGGUGCCGCGGAGAGGCAGGUUCGGAUGCGGGCGGGUGCAGCCUUCAAGAUUGGGCUCUUCGCGGACCUGCAUUUUGGAGAGAACGCGUGGACGGAGUGGGGCCCACGCCAAGACGUAAACUCCAUGAAUGUCAUGAAUUCGGUGCUCCACCAUGAAAAUACAGAUUUGGUUAUAUAUCUUGGUGAUGUCAUCACGGCUAAUAAUAUAAUGAUUGCAAAUGCAAGCUUGUAUUGGGAUCAGGCAAUCUCCCCAGCAAGAAAUAGGGGCAUACCAUGGGCCAGUGUAUUUGGAAACCAUGAUGAUGCUGCAUUUGAGUGGCCAUUGGAGUGGUUCUCAGCAUCUGGCAUUCCUCCAAUUCACUGCCCUCAAGCCACAGCUUCAUAUUCAGGAGAAGAAGAAUGUAGCUUCAAAGGAACAGGACGAUUGCAGCUGAUGACAAAUGACAUAAAGCACAACGGAUCAUUUUCUAGCUAUGGCCCUAGAAAUCUUUGGCCAAGUGUAUCCAACUACGCCCUUCAAGUUUCAUCAUCUGAUGGUCCACCAUCACCAGUGGCUUUCCUUUACUUCCUUGAUUCUGGUGGUGGUUCCUAUCCAGAAAUCAUAUCUAAUGGCCAGGUAGAAUGGUUUCGGAAAAAAGCUGAAGAAAUUAACCCUGACUCAAGAGUUCCGGAGAUUGUUUUCUGGCAUAUUCCAAGUACGGCUUAUAAGGAGGUGGCUCCCAAGUUUGACAUACGAAAGCCUUGUGUAGGAUCAAUCAACAAGGAAAGUGUUGCUGCUCAAGAAGUUGAAACGGGUAUCAUGGAUCUUCUUGUCAACAGAACUUCUGUCAAGGCAAUUUUUGUUGGACACAACCAUGGAUUGGACUGGUGCUGCCCAUACAAGAAACUAUGGUUAUGCUAUGCUAGGCACACUGGUUAUGGUGGCUACGGAGAUUGGCCUAGAGGGGCACGGAUUUUAGAGAUCAAUCAAACACCAUUUUCUCUUCAUUCCUGGAUAAGGAUAGAGGAUGGUCAUGUGCACAGCAAAGUUAUCUUGAGUUGA